AUGGUAAAUUAAAUAAUAGAUUAUAAAGUCAUUAGUUACUUAUUUUCAUAUUUUGCAUUAUACAGGUUUAUAGCGCAGGGGAAAUAGAAAAUGUUCGAGUGGCAGUACGUUUGCGACCCUUAAGCAAAAAAGAAAAAGCUUCAGACUGUACAUCUGUUGUAGUAGCAGAUUCUGAGAAUGCGGCUGUCUUUGUACAAAAUCCAAAUCCAUCGCAUGUCGGACCUCCAAAGACUUUUAUGUUUGAUUUGGUAUUUGAUUCGGAUUCAAAACAAGUGAGUUAAUAUUCGUGUAAUAAUAAAAAUUUCUAUUAUUUAACGAGUGUUAUUCAAUAGUUGGAUGUAUAUAAUGAAGUGGCACGGCCAAUUGUUGACAAAGUUUUUGAUGGUUUUAAUGGCACAAUAUUUGCAUAUGGCCAGACUGGUACAGGUAAAACAUUUACGAUGGAAGGGUCACACACAUCUCCAGAACUUAAAGGAAUAAUUCCAAAUUCAUUUGCUCAUAUAUUUGGUCACAUUGCUAAAGCAAGAGAAGAUGUAAAGUUAGUAAGCUCAAUCUUAUUUUACUUGAGUGAAAACCAGUAUAUUUUAUUGUUAUACUUGUAACUUUAAUGAAAUAAAUAUUAUUAAUCAAAAUAUCAUUCUAAGUAAAGCACAUUUGCCAAUAAUGUAGUUUUUAUUUGUCUGCAUAAGACUAUUGAAUCAUAAUCUCCCUGUGGUAAGGAAUCUGAAUACUUUCAUGGUAUAUCUGCUUGUUCUAAGAGGUAACAAAUAGUGUUGUGUUGGGUCAACAAUUGGUGUAAAAUUUUGUCAAACAGUCUAAGGAGUUCUAAACAAGAACCCAUCUUGGAUGUGCACUAAGUAAGCAGAGAUACCAUUGUGCAUGAUAUUUGCAGAUGAUAAAUUAAUAUUAAAGCUAUUAAUAGGAGAAAAUCUAUAAUAAUUUAGUAAUAUACUUGAGGAAUGCAUAGUAGCAAUUAGGACUAAGGAUAAGUAAAAAUAAAACAGAGUAAGUGCUUCAUUAAUUUUAUUUUUUUUGGGUGUGCGAGGUUCCAAGCAAGCCAUUUUAAAUAUUUCACCGGGCCAUAUAAAAAUAUACAUAUAUACCUAUGUAUAUUAUCCUGCUUUUAAUUGUUUCCAUAGAUUAUGAAUCACAAUAAAUAGAAACAGUAAAAAGCAGUAAAAUGCAUACAAAUAUUGAAGAUAAUAAAUUCUGAAAAAGAAAGAAAAUAAUAUAAUUUUCAAAUUAUUAUUAAUUGGUAUGUUCUUAUAAUUUUUGCACAAGCAAAACACUCAAUAAUAACAAAUUAAUUAUAGUUAGAGGAUAUUUAAGAGGAAACCAGCAAUUUUUAAGUCCAAUAAAUACAUCCACAGCUUUUCUAAUUCAUUAGUAUUUACUUAUUUUUCAACAUUUAGCACCUUAAGAUUAGUCUUUGACCAUCGUCCAUGGAAAUAUGAUUUUACAUUUCUAAACAAUGAAAAAAAUCUUUUAUUUGAUGCCAUUGUAAUUGCUAAAGUUUUUAUUAUUGGUAUUGGUUUGAAGGAACAGGACAAUUCAGUUAAGAACAAUAAGUGCUUAUAGGCAAGAUUGAGAGUUUUAAUUACCUAUCUAAGAUCUUUUGUUCAAAAAUAUAGUAGCUUUCAUGAGAAUGUGAAAAAUAGGAUUAAAUGCAGUUAGAUAAAGUGUAGAGUAGCAUCAAGUGUUUUAUGUAACAAGAGAAUUCCAAUGAGACUUAAAAUUGUGUUUUACAGAAGUAUGGUGAGAAUGUGAGACUAUGUUGUAUGGUUUAGAGUCUUGAAGAGAGAAUUAGUGUAGUAGAGAUGAUAAUGCUUAUGUGGGCUACUGAAUUCUUUAAUUAAUAGAAAUUUACAUGAAUUUUAUCAUUUAAAAACAGCACACCUAUUAAAUACCAUUUAACACAAAUAUAAUUAUGAAACCUAAAAAUAUAAAUACUAUUUAAACAGUAUCAUUUCUUAUAUUUGUAAUAUGUAGUUCGUUUUAAAAUAAUUACUUAUAUUAAACAUUCCAUAAAUAGAUAAUGUUUUAGUGAAAUAAAAUUUUAAUUUUUGUCAACCCGUUGACAAGAUAUUCCACUUUUAAGUAUUGGAAAAUCAUUUGUGUGGUAUUUGAAUAGUUAAUGGGAAAAAUGACAACACUAAAAUUUGUCUUUACUAAAACGACAGUUUUUUUUAUGUAGGUAGGUAACUAUUUGAAAAUCAAAAGUGGACGGCUGUUCCAAUAGUAUUUUAUCUGUUGUCUUUGGUUUUUGCUCUUACUGACUUCAUCAUAUAAUGAAAUUACAAUAAUAUAUUAAUAAUGAUUUAUGCGUACCUAUUUAAAUUUUAUUAGAUUUUUAGUGAGUGUUUCGUAUUUUGAAAUUUAUAAUGAAGGCGUUUAUGACUUGUUGAGCAAACAUGUAUCUACUGAAUUGGAAGUAAAAGAGAGACCUGAUGUUGGUGUGUAUGUAAAAGAUUUGUCAACAUAUGUAGUAAAUAACGCAGAUGAUAUGCAUCAACUUUUGAUGACUGGAAACAAAAAUCGUAAGUAAUUUAAAAAAAAAAAAAUGCUCGCUUACAGUUUGUUUAAUUUUUUUAUUCUUAGGUGCCACUGCUGCAACAGCUAUGAAUUCAGAAAGUUCUCGGUCACAUGCAAUAUUUUCAAUUACUAUAGAAACUAGUCGACCAGAUGUUACUGGUGAAUAUCAUGUUAAAGUUGGUAGACUUAGACUGGUUGAUUUGGCAGUGAGUUUAAUAUUGUUGAAUGUCAAUAAUAAAUGUUAAUAUUGAUAUUUUAUUCAUUGUAUUCACAAAGGGUUCUGAACGACAAUCGAAAACAGGUGCACUUGGUAUAAGAUUUAAAGAAGCGACAAAAAUUAAUUUAUCUCUUUCAACUCUUGGAAAUGUUAUUUCUGCAUUGGUUGACGGCAAGUCUACUCAUAUUCCUUAUCGAAAUUCGAAACUCACACGAAUAUUACAAGAUUCAUUAGGAGGGAACUCAAAAACUGUCAUGGUAAUUUAAUUUUCAGCCAUAUAGGUAUAUGUUCAUUUUUUUUAAAAAUAUUAAUCCAUCAUAAAUUAUAUUUAAAUGUACAAUGUUUAUUCAGUGUGCUACUGUGGGACCAGCCGGUUUCAAUUAUGAUGAAACUAUUAGUACAUUACGAUAUGCUAACCGAGCUAAGAAUAUUCAAAAUACAUCCAAAGCUAAUGAGGAUCCAAAGGAGGCAUUGCUCAGACAAUUUCAAUUGGAAAUUGAAGCUUUGAAAAAACAAAUUGAUGACAGCAGUAAAGGUCUUAGCGAAGCAGAUGAUGAUGGAGAAGAGGAGGGAGAGGAAGAAGAAGGCCUGGUUGUUGGAGCUUCCGAAGAAGUAGCUAAUGCAGUGCAGAGUAAACGUGAAGAGUUAGAUGCAGCACGCCAAGAAAUGAUAAGAUUAAAAGAGAAACUAGAAAAUAUGGAGAAAAAAAUUAUUGUAGGUGGUGAAAAUCUCUUAGAGAAGUCUGUGGCACAAGAGAAAUUAUUAGAGGAUUCAGCAAAAGAGCUAUUGGAUAGGAAAUCUAGACAGAUGAAUUUAAAUAUGCGUUUACAAGAAGUACAAGCAGAAAAAAUAGACACAGAAGAUAAGUAUAGUGGUUUGCAAGAAAGGUCAGCAGCAUUAAGUAAGAAAUUGAAAAAACUAUCUGCCGCUAUUUUAGCUGUUAAGGAAGAUUUAAAGGAUACUGAAGAAGAGGGUAAAAGAGAAAUUGUAGAAUUGAAACAAAUUUUAAAACAAACUUCUAAAGAGUUAAAGAUGCAAGAAGUCAUUAUUGAACAUUUUGUUCCUGAUGAAUAUUUGGUAAGAUUAAUUAAUGACAAAUUAUAUCUAUAAAAACAUUUCCAUUAAAAUGUUUUUUUCAGGAUCUUAUUAAAAAAAAUUCAUUUUGGAAUGAAGAAAUUGGGGAGUGGGAACUAAGAUGUGUAGCAUAUACUGGUAAUAACAUGGCAAAAGAAUUACCAAAUGAAGAAGAAAUAACAUUUGAGGCAAGUUAAUAAAUAUUUACUUAAAUAAAAACUUUCCAGUUUAUAAAAUAUUAUAAUCUAUAUACACAGUUGAAUCUCAUUAAUCUGGACUAAUUAGGGCUUUAAGUUUUCCAAAAUAAUAAAAGUCUGGAUUAAACAAUAUAACCAAAAAUCAUGUUUUUUAGUUAUUUAUUUAAAAGUUUACUGGCUUCAAUAACUAAAAGAAACAGUGUAUACACUAUGGAUUUAAGAUUGUGUAUUAUAAUAUACAUAAUUUAUAGAUAAUCGCAAUAACAUUUAUGGGAAAUUCAUGGAACUUGUUUUCAUGUUUAUUUUGGUCUUUAUAUUAUUAGACAACUGUCCUGAUUAAUAAGGUUUUACUUUAAUAAACACAGUACAGUAUUCAAGAAAACAUUUUAGGGGGUCAACAUUUUUAUAAAUUACCUGUAAGCAUUAGUUAUUAUUUUUGAAACAAUUGUGAGUGGAAGGAUUUUUGGGCCCUUUUAUAUAGUUUCUGUAUAGUUUCUAAAUAUCCAAAAAAAAAAACUAAAUAUUUUUCUCUUAAUGUUGGUUUAAUGUUAACUCUAUUUUGUAUUUUACAAUUGUUGGAUAUUUUAAAUAGUAUUCAGAAUGAUAUUUCAAAAUGUGUAUAAAAAAACUAUAAACAAAUAUUUUACAACAUUCAAAGUGCAUUACUGGUUAUCAUUUAGAUAGUUUACUAGUAAAAGUUUCUGGCCUUUAAGACCACCUCAUAAAACAAACUCUUCUCCAUUUAUUUUUGUCUUCGACUGCUUCCCUUGUAAGUUGUUAUAGUUUUUAAUUUGGCAUUACUUUUUUGCUAUGCAUACCUGGCCAACAUCAAUUUUAUUUUUGUGAUUUAACUAAUUAAUUAGUAUUAUACAAUGACAAAUCAAUGUUUUAAUACAAUGUUUAUUAAUUGUUAUAGACACGCAGGCCAGAUUUUUCACAUGUUUAUUUAACUUAUAAAGACAAAGCACAAACGAGAUCUAAGUCAAGAACCGGCAAACGAACUUAA